UGCUAAGAAUGGGUAAUUUUUAACAACAAUACAAGUAUACAACACAUAUAUCAAGAUUCUACGAUCCCUCCCCUGUAAAAUUUUCAAAAGGUUACUUGCAUAAGACCUUGCGUGUAUAUCAGGUUUGGGCUAAGGCAAAUCGACCCAUUUUGUCUUGCGAACAACUCUCAUGUUCAAGUCAAUUUCUUUUCUUAUUCUCUAAUAACCCGCUAGAAAAACAGUUUUAAUUUCUUCUAAUCAACGAGAGACACUUUCUUUUGAGAUACCAAAUGACAGGUCUUACUCGGCAACCACAUUUUGUGUUGUUUCCUUUCAUGGAGCAAGGCCACAUGAUACCUACAAUUGACAUAGCUAGAUUAUUAGCACAGAGAGGCACUAUUGUCACAAUUCUAACUACACCCUCAAAUGCCAAAAGGUUCAAUAGUGUCAUUGCUCGUGCAAUACAAAAAAGACAAAAAAUUCAUGUAAUUCACCUCAAUUUCCCAAGUAUAGAAGCAGGGCUACCACAAGGUUGUGAAAAUAUUGACAUGCUUCCAUCAAUAGACAUGAUGAAAAACUUCUUCAAUGCAACUCAAAUGCUACAAACACAAGUGGAAGAGGUACUUCAAGAAUUGGAACCAUCACCAAGUUGCAUAAUAUCUGAUAUGUGCUUCCCUUGGACAACAAAAGUAGCCAAAAAAAUCAACAUCCCUAGGUUUGUUUUUCAUGGGAUUUGUAGCUUUUCUUUGUUGUGUUUACACAAUUUGAGAGAAUUGAAGGUGUUGGAGAGUGUUGAUACUGAUGAUGAGUACUUUUUAGUGCCUGGACUUCCAAAUAAAGUUGAAUUGACCAAAGCUCAACUUAAAACUUUGGUUGAUCCAAGUGAUCUUUAUUGGAAAAGAUUUGGAGAAUUAAGGAAGGAGGCAGAGGAUGAAGCUUAUGGGGUUGUUGUGAAUAGCUUUGAGGAGUUGGAACCAGAAUAUGUAGAAGGAUUGAAAAAGGCCACAGGUAAGACGGUUUGGACGAUUGGUCCUGUUUCCUUGUGCAACAAUGAGAAAAAAGACAAAGUUGAAAGAGGAGAAAAGGCCUCAAUUGAUGAACAACACUGCCUAAAAUGGCUUGAUUCUCUUGAAUCAAACUCUGUUCUCUUUGUUUGUCUUGGAAGCCUAUCGCGCUUGCCAACAUCUCAAAUGAAAGAACUUGCACUUGGAUUAGAGUUAUCUAAACGACCCUUCAUAUGGGUCGUUAAACAUAUAUCAGAUGAAUUCGGAAAAUGGCUGAAUGAAGAGAACUUUGAGGAAAGAGUUCAAAAACAAGGGAUUUUAAUCCAUGGUUGGGCGCCACAAGUACUAAUUUUGUCCCACCCUUCGGUCGGGGGAUUCUUGACACACUGUGGAUGGAAUUCGAGCAUAGAAGCAAUAUCUUCCGGUUUGCCAAUGAUCACUUGGCCAUUAUUCGCUGAGCAAUUUUGCAAUGACAGGCUCAUUGUAGAUGUACUCGAUGCAGGAGUGAAGGCUGGCAUGGAGAAUCGAGUGAUGUUUUUAGAUGAAGAAAAGGUGGAUACACAUGUGAAGAAAGAUGAGAUUAAGAUGAUCAUUGAAAGAGUAAUGGGUGAAGAAGAGGAAGCAAAAAUGAGAAGAGAAAGAGCUAAAAAGCUUGGAGAAAUGGCAAGGAGGGCUGUGGAGGAAGGGGGUUCCUCUCACAUGAACUUGACAAAACUAAUACAAGAUGUCACAGAGCAAGCAAAUCUUGAAAAAAUCUAUGUGAAGUCUAAUUAAUAGUAUUUGAUAAUGUAUUGCAACAUAUGGUUCAUAUGAAGCGUUCGAGGGCAUUUGAUAAAAUUGGAACGAUACGGAGAAGAUCGGUGUAACUUCUAAGCCAGGAUGACUCACGCAAAUUGAGAAAUGGUUUAAAUCGAGAAAUGACUCACUCAAGGAUGAAGCUUGAGUAGAUUGCCAAUCAUGCUGAGAAAGUUUCUUGUUUACAAUCUAUAGUUGGAGUUGCCUAUUUCCAUCUAGAUGUCGCAAUUUCAAUUUGUAAUGUCUUACAUAUGCAUGUAACUGAAAAUUUUGAGCGAGUAUAAUCCGUUUUUCGUUUUCUUUU